UAUGUUCUCCAUGCACCUCUCCAGUUUCUACUGAAGGUCAUUGUGCGAAGCUCCUCGUCCGGCGCUGUCGUCCGCUCCUUCAGCCACUUCACCUUUGUCACUUUUCUCUGAAAAGAGUGAGUGAAUGGACUGCCGUACUUUAUAGUGCUGCGUCAAAAGAGGCGGAGUAGAGGAGAAAAUUCAAUUUUUUGGGGACCGGCGUCGGGGGGGGUGGGAACGUGACGUCCUGAGGAGAGGAGGCCGGCCAUUGGCUGCGCCGGCUGCCAGUCCUGCGUGCUGCUGCAGACGGACAGGCCACUCGAUGAAUAUGGAUGAGAGCAGUGAAAAGGGUGAUGCGGCAGGGAAGACCCCCCCCCCUUCAAACCGAUGCAGGCUUGAACAAUGCGUGCCGUCUUUCACUGAAAACACUCAGAGCCUGCAUUAGCAUUUUCUCAGACAAUUGAGGCUCGGGCCAGCUGCAGGCAUGGCUCGGAUGCUGCGGUGAAAUCUCUUUUUCUGCACCCCACUGAUGAAUAAGACCUCGGUGGAAAAAAAAAGGUCGGCUGGCCGCAUUCCUCAACACUACCGUUGCACCUAUGCCUAGGCUAAUGUCAGGAGCCCCUUUAGAGAUUGCGCCCCGGCAUUGAUGGCGAUCUGACAGAGGACUUGAGAAGCAGCAGAUCUCAGAAUGGAGGAGGGUGAGUACUUCCUGAAGGUGCUGAUCCCCAGCUAUGCAGCCGGCUCUAUAAUUGGCAAGGGUGGCCAAACCAUCGUACAACUGCAGAAAGAGACGGGUGCCACCAUUAAGCUGUCCAAAUCCAAAGACUUCUACCCCGGAACAACUGAACGAGUCUGUCUGAUACAGGGUACUGUCGAAGCCCUCAAUAGCGUCCACAACUUCAUUGCGGAGAAAGUCCGCGAGAUGCCCCAGAGUGCCCAGAAACCAGAACCUGUCAGCAUAUUGCAACCACAGACGACGGUUAACCCUGACCGUGUUAAACAGGCCAAAUUGAUUGUACCCAAUAGCACCGCUGGGCUGAUCAUUGGUAAGGGUGGUGCCACAGUGAAGGCGGUGAUGGAGCAGUCGGGAGCUUGGGUGCAGCUCUCUCAGAAGCCGGAGGGCAUCAACUUGCAGGAGCGGGUGGUGACCAUCAGCGGAGAGCCAGAACAGAACCGUAAGGCUGUGGAAAUCAUUGUGCAGAAAAUCCAGGAGGACCCUCAGAGCAGCAGUUGCCUGAAUAUCAGCUACUCCAACGUCUCGGGCCCAGUGGCCAACUCCAACCCCACAGGCUCCCCUUACGCCAACACAGCCGAGGUGCUGCCCAACGCAGCCGCAGCAGCUGCCACUGCCUCCAGCCUUCUGGGUCAGGCCGGAUUGACAGGAAUGGGUGCCUUCCCUGCCGCCAUGUCCAGUUUCUCUGGCAACGAUCUGCUGGCCAUCACCUCAGCCCUGAAUACACUGGCCAGCUACGGCUACAACACUAACACCCUGGGCCUGGGUCUCAACCCCGCAGCUGCCUCUGGAGUCCUCGCUGCAGUGGCAGCUAGUGCCAACCCAGCUGCUGCCGCUGCAGCUAACCUACUGGCCUCCUACGCUAAUGAUGCCUCCAGCAGUGCCGGCCACCCCGCUACAGGCCUCGGUGGGUUCUCCCUGGGCUCACUAGCAGCUGCUACUGGAGCUUCCAACGGUUACCUAAAUGCAUCAUCCCCAUUGAUGGCUUCCUCCCUGUUGGCAACAGAAAAGUUGGCAGACGGAGCCAAGGACGUGGUUGAAAUUGCUGUGCCCGAGAAUCUGGUGGGCGCCAUUUUGGGGAAAGGAGGGAAAACACUGGUAGAGUACCAGGAGCUGACAGGAGCCCGCAUCCAGAUCUCCAAAAAAGGAGAGUUCAUUCCAGGUACUCGGAACCGUAAAGUUACAAUAACAGGGUCGCCGGCCGCUACACAAGCAGCGCAGUAUCUGAUCAGCCAGCGGAUCACGUACGAGCAGGGCGUGCGCGCUACCAACCCACAGAAGGUGGGCUAAAACGAAAGCGAAGACGAGAGAAGGAAAGGAUGAAGACAGAGAAUAGAAAGGAAUUAAGAGAGUCAAGAAGAAUAGAAAAAAGAAAUGUCCAAAUAUAUGUUCAAUAUUUCAGUAUCAAACGAGAGAAUUACAAAGGAGGAGGCGGGGGAGACAACCAAGAUAAGUGUGUGUGAUUUGUGAGUGUGUUUUUAGGACAGAAGUCCUGAUGUUUUUUAAAAGUUUGUGUCAAGUCCUUUUGACAAUGGUGAUCAGAGUAAGCUGAACUGGUCCACUGCCAAGUUGCAGAUUCAGGAGUGAGGCUGCGGAGUCUCACCCUCCUCUAAAACCUCAUUACUGUUUUCAUUUUGUUCUUUUUUUUUCUUUUGUUGUUGUUGUUUUUUUUGUUUUGUUUUUUUGUUGGAUUUAAGUCGGUUUGAGACCUCGGCUCCCGGUGAGCUGAGCGUAUCAGAUGAAGAUCCGGCCAGCUAAUCGAGCUGUUUUACAAACCUUGCUCUUUGUGUUCAAUGCAGAAGGCAUUGUUAACAGGGGAGAGGUUUUAUGACAAGCACCUGAGCUCAUCUCAGCUAUUUAGGGCAGCAAUCCAAGUAUAAUUUCUUUACAAGCAAACAAAAGCGCAUCUAUGUUGACGUGUGUCGAAUUCUAGCUCAUUUCAUAAUUGAAAUGACAAAAAUUUGGGUAUUUUAUAUUUUCAUCCUUUAACUUAUUGACAUAGUCUCAUUCAAACACAAGUAGAUUAUUUAAACCUGCGAACGCAGGUUGAUCUGAAUGUAAAAACAAUUUUAGCUUGUUGCUAUUUUUUUUUUUUUCUUUCCAGGGAUCAAACGUUGUGUUGCAGUGAAAGAAAUGUAUAACUCAAACCCAGUCUGAACUGUGCGCUUGCUGUCUGCAGGUAUAGUUCAGGGGUUGAAGAAUCAAUGCGAGAGGACAGAGGAGACACACAGGAAUGUAUAAUCUAUAUUUUAACACAGACACACAUAGAGAACGCUCCCACAAACGCACAAACACUAGAACAUCAUUUCAUAUUCAGCCACUGCUACUAACACAAAGAAAUAUGUUGUUGACGAACCCUUUCUUGGUGCUAUAGGCUUAGAUUUGUACCUCCUGUACCGUGGAAUUCAAACGUUUCCACAACUUGAGUUUUUACUUGAUUCAAAGUAGCCGUCGUGUCGUCCAGCCAUUGGUAGCCCACUGGAUCUGACCCGGCUUCUUACCUAAUGACGAUUGAUUUCAGAAUAUUUUGUGAAUCAAAGCAGUUCUAAUAUAAGUCCAUUGUUUUAUAACACAAGCCGAACAUCCUGCAGUAGAUAACACCUGACAUACUUUUUUGCCUUAGCCAGACAUUCGGAACACCCAAGAAUUAUCUACAGGCUCAGACUUCCUGAAAGCGGUGGCAGUUCACGAAGAGAACAAAAGCACUACAAAAGCUUUUUUUUUUUUUUGAUGAUAAGAGCUGUAAGAACCUAUAUCUGUGAACAAAGAAGCUAUUGCCUUUUCUGUAAGGGUACCAAAUAGACCCAACGUGGAGCAGAAAGCAAAGUUUUGGAGUCACUUUUCUGUGAGAAAUGCUUCCUAAUUGACAUGACGACAAAAGAGAAAUUUCUGCAGUUCACUUAAGCAGAAUAUUAUUGUUCCCAACGUACAUUAAUGCUCAAGUGGAGCAUAUAAUGAAACAUGACAUGUUUUUUGGCUUGUUGUCUUUUAUUGCCACUUUGUCUUGACAGUGGCAGGCCAAAUGUCUGGAGCACUCCAAGAUUACCUUGCAUCCGACCCCCUCUGUGCUGCUAUCCAUAGCGUUCAUCCUGAGUCUGCUGGCUCUCUAAAGACUGCACUGUGAGGCAUUUAGACCACAAUGUAAAGUGUGUCUGUCCUACUAGGGGUGUGAAUACAUCUUUAUAUGCACAUUUAUGUCACAAGAUCAAAACCAAUCUGCAGAGCCGGCCCAACGCUCCAAACAUGGCCAUCUUGUCUCUAUUAGGUUAGCAUAUCAAGGACAUGUCAAUUUUUUAAAAAGACGUUAGCAUAUAGCCUCCAUCCCAAGUUUCUUUGACAAACCUUUAUCCAAGGGCAUAGCAUAAGUAAACUACGUAGAGCUCCAAGGCCAGCAGGGGGCCCCAGAGAGCACUUGACUUCUCAAAGCGUAAAAUAUGUAUCAGUGUUUAGAAAGAAUAUGUCUAUCUUUUACGUUGCUCAGAAGAUUUAGCAAUUUCUAAGAGUUUUAAAUUCUUUUAAAAAUUGAAAUUAAAUGUUGUCUUUAAAAAAUGUAUUUAUUUUUAUUUUUAAGAUCUGACAAAUGUAACUGAAGUCAUGUGGAGAGAAAUGUUCUUCGAUUCCAGCAGUAGUCGUGAAACGCAAUUAUUCAAAUUAAUUGGAAGUUUUCUAAUUAAUGUUGAUUAAUCUUUUUUUUUUUUAAUCAGCGAUACUUGGCAAGUUUGUCAAUCCUAAUUGAUUUUGGCUCAUGACUGAAUCAGUGAGUAGAUUUCUACAUGUUUUAAAUGAUCAGGUCAGAUAUAGAUUUGCUUUAUUUGGCUCUGAAGUCUAGGUGUAGACUGCACACAACCAUGUUUUUAUUUCAGCUGCCUUUGAGGAAAAAAAAUUUAUAAAUUUCCGCCCAACUAAGCAAGUCAAGUCCUCCAUCACUGUUCACCAAGCUCACACAACAUGUCCUGUUCAUUGACUUUAGACUUAAGGUGCAUUACUGCCUCCUACUGGGCUGGAGGGUGUGCAACAGUGUUACCAAUGUGCCAAAAACUUAAGAGAACUUUUAAAUCUGUUAUUAAUGCAUUGUCGGUUUUUUUACCGACAAUUUUAUCUAUAUUUAAUUAAUCAGAAUUAAUAUGAUUAAGUUCUAGUUAAUGGUCUUAAUGCUAGUUUUUUUGUUCAUUUUUUUUUCUUUGUCCUGCUUUUGUCUACGCUGGUGCCUAACAAGACAAAUAAUGUGAAUAAAGUAAAUAAUUUGGAGGUCGAGUGAAAUGCGCUCUGCGAUUAAGAAGUAGCUGUUGUCUUAUUACUAAAAAAUUAACAAGAAAACAAUCAAGCUUGGGCAGUUUAAAGAGGCGUUACUGGUGCCUUGGUGGAUGGGCUUAACUGGAAUCGGGCCCCAAAUGAAAUUCUGCUUGGGGCCCCGUACGGUCUUGGGCCGGCUCUGCCUUACUGUACCAACCGAGAGGAUUUCUCCACACAUGUAUUUAUUACACCUGCGUCUUUUGACUUUUUUUCCCUUUACUAAAUUUACCCAUCUUCUACUGACCCAAACUGAACCUCCCCGGUCGUCGAACGUCCGCCUCCCUGUUGCUCUAAGGGACAUUUCCGAUAUAGUCGCCAUCAACCCAAGCUCUGUGAUCAGCUUCCUUAAUGCGAAGCUGUGAGGGUUGGUGCUGAGUUGUGUGAAAGAAAUUCAGACGCUCCCAGUUUUCAGGAGAAUCUGAUGAAAUGACGUUUUUGUUUUGGACGAAUCGUGUGUGGAAGAAAAAAGAGAGAGAGACAGAAGUAAGCAGAUUUCAAACUACUUUCAAGCAACUCUGUGUGUGUCAACAUUCUGCGUGGCAAUACAAGCGGUGGGCCUUUCUUCCCAGCUCAAGUCUCUUCCUUUCAUUCUGUGCUUGGAAGGCCUCACAGUCAUCCAUAGCUACAAUCUGGCCACCUGUGAAAUCAUUGCAUAAGCGAACCUUUUACUGCCCGAGAUUUUAGCAUAUAAUAAGAUAAAAGCACAAAACAAGGGGGUGUUUUAUCAAUGCAACGGGACUGUUGGACUCCAGAGAGCUCCUCCUUCAGAGCUCCCUAAUCCAUACAUUGUGCCACAAUCUGUUUCCUCUCCCUCCCAUUAACGUUCCUCUUCCUCCCGAUGUUUUCGCUCCCCUGCAUGUCCUCCCGUCUGCGUUCUGAGGCUCCUCCUGCGUCCCCAAGCCGCAUCUGUCUGUAUGUCCUUCCCUCCUUGCACUGUGCUCUCCCCCUCUUUCUCCUUCUUCUUGUCUUGUCGUCUCAUGGGCGAUGUGUCGGACGCGCCGUGGGUGGGAGUUAUGCACUACGGGGUCGUAGGAGUAUCAAAAUGUUUUCCCAGGCCGCAAAGUUCACAAGGCUAAAAAUGCACAGAAAAACACCUGCCUCCAAAACUGUGAUACCCACCGAGACCAACCAGCAAACGUUAGCUCAAAAGUGUCAAACUUUUUUUUUUCCUCAGCGGGAAGAACGAAGAAAGAUUUUAGGGGGGGGAAUAGGUUUGGACUUUUAAAAGGAAGGAAAAAAAUUUUAGUUGUUUGUUUUUAUUUUUAUUUUUUUAUUUUUCAAAACUAAAAGGCAAAUCUUGGCAGAACGAAUAUCAAUCCGAUGGCCGAGCUCGAGCUCUAAACAAAAAUAUUUCGGACAGAAUGCAUAAGACACGCGAGAGAGAGCAACGUGGGAACUUGUUUGUGACCUCAAGCCGAAACAGUGACAUCCUUUAUGCAUAUCCUGUUAUCUGAAAAAUGACUAGAGCUCAUUUCUGUGGAAUACAAUAUGUCACGUCAUAUGAUCUAUAUGUACUUUAUUGUAGCUAUUCUAGUUUGUAGUCCAAAUGCAGUCCAGCGUUGUCAAUACAAUGUGAAACUAUGUUAUAUUUGUGUGGAUGAUGAGAGUGCCAACUAAGCCUGACUAAGAUUAGCUUCGCAGUUUGUUUGUGCAUUAUGAUGCCUCAUCAUCGAGCGGUGGUGUCCAUAUUUCUGUCACUGAUGAUUUAGUUUGACAGUAAGAAAAAUGUUAAGAAUAUUGGAAGCAAUAUAGUAGCAUGUUGUCCUGUUUUGUGUUUUAUGUCUGUUGUAUGAACCUUUGAAAUUACUAAGAUUUUGAAUGAAUAGGUUUACAUGUACUUCUUUUUGUAAGUUAUGAAAAUGCUGCUAUUUGAUAAGUAAACUAUACAAAAAUAUUUUAGUGGAAAAGAUGUCUGGUCUGUUGAUUAGAGACGCGCGCUCCGACGGGGUGGAGCGUUAAGCCGAGGUGUAUAGAGUGCUAUACAGUAUUGGUAAGAUAGUAAAAGUAAAUAAUAGACUCCAUAGUAUGACCUGUGCCAAACUAGACCUCUGCAGCUUCUGAAUUUGUAGAUGUGCGAUCAAAUGUUAGAUAUCAAUAACUUGUUUAGAAGUGCUGAUCAAGUGCCAAUCAAACACUUAUCUUUUAAGUUAAGAAAAGAUAAUCAAACGCAUUACUUAAGAAAACAAAGGACAAAGAACUUUUUUGUGCAUUGUUUUAUCCCAUAGGUACAUAGAGUAAGAGUUAAAGAUUGUGAUUUUUAUGGAUCCAUGUUGUUUUACACUCCAUGCAUCCCUUGUGUGUUCGUUUGACCUGUGGCUUAAGUACCGCUGUUUUUUCUCACAAAUGUCUCUAUAGGCCAGCAUGGACUAAGCAUAACAUGUUAUAAGCAUCCAUAACAUAGCCAUUAACAAUCAAACGAUGUGUUUGUGGAGUUCGGUGUUAUCUUUUUGCACGUCUUCUAUUGCAUGGUAUCAAAGUAAAAAAUUAUGGAGGAAAAAAAAAAAAGAAAAAAUGGGGAAUAAAAAAAAAAGUCUAAAAAUUUUGCGAGGAGUCUCGCAACAUUCAGAGACAUAAACGCUGCAUGCAGUCAAAUGUAUAUCUCUUUGAGUUGAACUCACCUCAUGUUAAAACUGUUGGAUUUUUAUGUUGUGAGUUGGGAGGGAGCUCAUUAUCGUCAUGUUGGCCCGAAAAGAAAAAGGAAAAAAAAAAAAAAAAAAGACACAAACAUGAACACGCAUCUGAGAUCGGAUUUCUCAUGGGUCGAACUCAUCUCUCUAAUAUCAUCUGAGAAAAUUUUGUUUUUAUAAUGUUUUUUUUUUCUUUCUUUCUUAGAUCCAGAGGAGGAUUACAAAUGUGAAACAAGCAAACGUGAAAAUGUUACUCAGUGCAUUGGCUCUUUGUGUUUUUAGGAUCUCAGCUGGAACCUCAUGAAAAUGCUACUUUCUUUCUUUUUUUUAUUUUUUAUUUUUGUCACAGCUUGAAAGCCCAGAUCUAAUCUAAUGAAUGUACUCAUUUCUUCUUGUUUUCUUUUGAUUUAUUUUUGUAAAAAAAAAAAUAAUAUAUAUAAAUUUUUUUGGGGGUUCUGUUGAAUGUCUAACUGUCUUUAAUGUAAAUUCACGGCAGGAAUGUCAACUACAUGUAAAGUUAAAUGCGUUUAAACAGCUCCAGUCAGGUAAAGGCCUAAGACGGCCGCAAGUCAUGAACCAGAUAUGCGAACACAACUUCCGAUUCGCUGUCAACAUUUUCCUGUUUGUUUGGUGUUGCAUAAAUGCACUUUAUCGAUGGGUGGGCGGGAAAUGAGGCAAACCGUGUUGGCUUUCCACAACCAUGUUGCUGUCAUCCUUUGUUCUAAUUUAUUUCUUCUUUUUUUCCGUGUUGGGUCUCGAGAAUGACGGGAAGGGCUGGAAUCUCGGACAAAAUAGAAAAGUAGCACCUGUUUCCUCUCUCUAAGGCUUCUCUGCCACAUUCCCGGAGGACUGAUCUCUACACUCGUGUCCACUUUGGUUUGAAAUCUCAAAUUAGGAUUUUUUUGUGUUGUUUUUUUUUUUUUUCUUGUUUUGCCAGAUGAUUUGAAGUGAAGGGUAAAACAUCUUAGCUGAUGUCACAGUCAGAUCUGAGAGACGUCUUUGGCACCAGCAACACGAAGAGCGACUCUGCCGCCCCAAAUGGAGGAAAACCACAAAGGGAAAAAGCUGUGAUUCGUUCAGGCCUGCUUGUAUCAACGAUUUAUCCGUUUCAUCGUCCCGUGUUUCGCAACCGAGCGCCAGACCAAUUGGCACCGUCGUUCCAAAGGUGAUUUUUUUUAUUUGUUUUUUCCUCGGUUUUGAUUUUCACUCCAAACGUGUUCUGGACAUUCAUCCCCCUUCACAAGAAGGCUAGGACUGAUUUUGAAACGCUACAAAACUGGCUACGGCUGCUCACUCCUCUCUUUGAACCAAUUCUACCUGAGUCUCUCUUUAUCUCUCUCAGUCUGCACGACACCGCGACUUGUUUCAUUACCCCGAGAACCUGCAACUGUGUCCACCCUUUAAACGGGUUAAGGCUUUUCUGGGAAAAAAAAAAAAAAAGGAUUCUUUGCCAACCAGACAUGAGGCCGUUUCUGUGUUUGACCCUCAGAACCUCCCAUGGACUUUGUUGACCUUCUACAUCCUCAGAACUCAUGUGUGUGUUGGAGAUUGAACUCUCAAGCUCUGGAAGACUGUUCUGUUUUGUUUUGUUUUCCUUUGACUGAACGCUUGCUUUAUGUGUCAACGUAAGGGAAGCACAUUUGUGCUUUGCAAAACUUCUCAUGUCUUUAGGUUUUGGGAUUUGCUUUGGCGUUUAACCUCCGUUCGCUCCAUCUCAGACAAAAAUGGACUGACAGCAUAAGAUCAAAUAUUUCCGGCUUGAGCAGAGAGUGAUGUUUCGUUCAUUGGGUAUAUUUCUCUUCGAUACUUACAAGCGAGAACGGUUCCGUCUUUUCUGUCGUGACGAACGAGGAGAAUCUGUGAAAGUCCGCAGUGUAAGACUACCUAAAGGGCUUUCUCUGAGAGCAUUUAUACGAGUCUCUUGAACGUGGUUUGGAAAGAAAACGCCUUCUUGUGCCAUUUUAAGGGAAAACAAAAAACGAGAAAGCUUUUUGUCAAUAAGAGUGCCAAAUAAUCCCACACUGAGCCAAAAGGCAGCCAGCCGUCGUAACUGUUGGAUCUGCGGGACGAUCCCGUCCCGGUUCCGCUCCCCUAUAAAAAGAAAAAAAAACAAACAAAAAAAAAAAAAAACAUCACCCUAUUUGUGCAAUGUUGGAGCUCACGUACCAUUAUUGUUAUGCUGCCAGUCUGUUUUCUGCUUUGGUCAGAAACAUCUCAGAAGCAGGAUAUUUUCUAUAAAAAAAAUUAAAAAAAAAGACAACAGCUACUACGGUGAGGGAAUGAGAGGAUUAAUUACUCGUCAUUGUUUCUGUUUGUUUCUUUAAGCAUCACUCAUAAUAGAUUUAACGGUAAUGACUAUUUAAUGUAACUGUAGUACUGUGUUUGUAAAAGAAAUUCAGUGAGUUGUGUUCUAUGACUCGUGGACUACCAGUGAAGUCAGCAUUUCAGUGUUAAUAAUUGAAUUGUUUUUUAAAGAUUAUUUUUGCGACGGCAACAAAGAGUCAUUAUAAAUGUUCAUUUUAACAUCA